UGGCCGCAUGUUGUUUUUAAUUUUUCAUGCGGGCUUAGCUCGCAAGAGUUUAGCCUACAUUAACUAGAUUUCCAAUGGACAAAAUAUUUCAAGAACAUCCUUGGGAUGAAGAUGACACUUUAACAAAAAGUGAACAAACAAAUUAUAGUUUUCCUACGCUAGUUUCCAAAAAAUCCCAGAACAAGCGCGCAAAGGAUCAUAAAAAACAGCACUCUAAUGAGCCGGGUAGGUUCGUGCGUACUUCCCUUGCAAAUGAUACAGAAACGAACACGAUCAUAAAAGGCAAAACUAAAUCCCGCAAAAGACGUGCAGAUGAGCCGUUAGAGAAGAUUCAAGAUGAGAUAGGACAAUAUAAAAUUAAGAAACAAAAUUUGAGCGUGGAGAAAAAAUCUACUGCAAAGCAGAAAGGUGAAGUGACACCGAAACUAACUGCUGCAAAACUACAAUCGACAGAUAAAAGUACUAAUUUCCGGGAUAGACUUGUGGACAGCUUGAAGGGUUCCCGUUUUCGUUUUCUAAACGAGCAGCUGUAUAGAAACACCGGUGAAGAAGCUAAAACAAUGUUUCAGCAAGAUCCCGGUGCAUUCCAAGCAUACCACGAAGGCUAUCGACAUCAAAUUGAGCAGUGGUCUGUGAAUCCACUGGAUCGGAUCAUUAAAAAUAUUCAUAAACUACCCAAGAGCCACGUCGUGGCCGAUUUUGGAUGUGGAGAAGCUCGAUUAGCAACAGCUGUACCCCACAAGGUGUAUUCGCUUGAUUUGGUCGCAUCAAACGACAGUGUAAUAGCUUGUAAUAUGGCCAACACUCCUUUGGAAACUAAUUCCAUUAAUGUGGCGGUGUUCUGCUUGUCCCUGAUGGGGACUAAUUUAAGGGAUUUCCUACUGGAAGCAAACAGGGUUAUGAAAAUUGGGGCCAUACUAAAAAUUGCCGAAGUUUCGUCCCGUUUCGAUAACGUAAAGGAAUUCAUCGAUUGCGUUCACAAGUGUGGAUUUCUGUUGGACAACAAAGACCUCAAGCACAAGCUGUUCUACUUUUUUAACUUUAAAAAAGUGCGAACGGUUGCGAAAAAUUCCUUGAAAGGUAAGCAUUUCAGCCUUAAACCGUGCCUUUAUAAAAAGCGAUAAAGUAUAGAAGUGCAACCUUGUAUAGAACCUACAAAUUUGUUAAUAAUGCAUAUUAUAGAUAUUAUUUCACAUAUUGCAA